GAUAUAGUAUAAAUACCCUCAUCAUUGUACUGGAAGGCAGCAUAUCCUCAGUUGUGCUCCUACCCUAAGGAUAUACAGCAGUACCAGAAGCUCACUGGUGCUGAGGAGAUUGUUUUUCCCCCUUGGAAUUCUGAUUUGACCGUGCAAGAUGGAUGUACGAGUAGCAAGCAUCUUCGCCAUCAUGGUGGCCUUUACAGCCGCCCAUGGGGACCGGUACGUUGUGAAGAAGCUGGUGAAGGCCCCCCCUCAGUACCAGCCCUACUCUGUGAAGAGCCAUGUGGUGUCAGUGGCAGGUGAGCCUGGUGCUCCAGGUGAGCCUGGCCCUGAGGGGCCUCCUGGCCCUCCUGGCCCCGCAGGUGAGAGCGCUGAAGGUCUGCCUGGACCGCAAGGACCUCCUGGAGCUCCUGGAGCUCCUGGACGCUCCGUCGCUGGCAAACCUGGUUCCCCAGGUGGACCUGGCAAACCUGGCAGCCAUGGAGCACCUGGAGAGAAGGGAGACACUGGAGCCCCUGGCUCUCAGGGACCAAGGGGAGCCCCUGGAUCUGCUGGAAGCCCUGGACCUGCAGGCCUCUCUGCUACUGGCAAGCCUGGACCUUCAGGUCUUCCUGGCCCAAGGGGAUCUAGAGGAGAGCCUGGUCUGAAAGGACAUCCAGGUGUACCUGGACUGACAGGUGCUAAGGGUGAUAGAGGGGUGGGAAUUCAAGGACCUCAGGGUGAGACAGGGCCAGAAGGAGCCGUGGGUGCACCUGGACAGCCAGGUGAGCCUGGAGUUGGAAAGCCAGGACAAGCAGGUAUGCCCGGGGAGCCAGGCAAGUCAGGAACCCCAGGUAGGGAUGGUGCUACAGGUCCCAUGGGACCACAGGGACCUAAGGGACACACAGGUGCCCCAGGUGUAGGUAUGCCUGGUAAACCAGGUGAGAAUGGUGCCCCAGGUCUGCCUGGUGGAGCUGGCCCUAAAGGCCACCAAGGACCUACUGGAGCCACUGGUGCCCCUGGGGCCUCAGUAGUUGGAAAGCCAGGUGCAAAUGGGGAAAAGGGAGAGAGGGGAAAUACAGGUGCCACAGGUGCCACAGGUGCAAAGGGUGAGCAAGGUCCAACAGGAUAUACUGGCGCUACUGGUGCAACAGGCCCCACUGGUCCUGCUGGACCUCAGGGGGCAACAGGUUUCCCAGGUGAAACUGGCGCUACUGGUUCUAAAGGUGACACAGGUGCUACUGGAGCUCAGGGACCUAAGGGAAACAAGGGAGAUCAGGGAGCACAGGGAUUUUCAGGCAAGCAGGGUUAUCCAGGUGCAGCUGGUCCUCCUGGACCCAGAGGUGCCACUGGAUCAACAGGGGACAAAGGUCAUGUUGGUGCCCCUGGUACACCAGGUUCCCCAGGUAUUCCAGGCCCUGCCGGACCAAAGGGUCAUCCCGGCCGCGCAGGUGAGCCAGGUGCCUCUGGUUCUAAUGGUGCUCCAGGUUCCAGGGGGCCUUCAGGGCCUCAAGGUCCUGCUGGUACCCCAGGCCUAAAAGGACACCCAGGUCUCCCUGGUCCCUCUGGCCCUGCUGGUGUGUCUGCUAAGGGUCUUCCUGGACCUCAGGGUCCUCCUGGUCAGCCCGGUGACAAUGGUGUUGAUGGAGCCAUGGGCCCAGCUGGCCCUCCCGGUCCCCCUGGUCCUCCUGGUGAGGUUGCGUUUGAGAAGGGCAUGGGAAUGGGUGAGGUUAUGGUCAAGUCCCCCAUGUCUGCUUUCACGGCAUCUCUCAUCACCCCCUUCCCCGCUGAUGGCACCCCUAUUAAGUUUGACCAGAUUGUGUACAAUGCUGAGAACCACUAUGACCCUGAGACUGGCAUCUUCACUUGCCAAGUUCCCGGAGUUUACUAUUUCUCCUACAGCUUCCAUGUUAAUGGAGCAAAUGCCUUGGUGGCUUUGUACAAGAAUGGCCAGCCUGUUAUGUUCACUUAUGAUGAGUACAGCAAGGGCUUCGUGGACCAGAUGUCCGGUAGCACUGUCCUCUUGCUUGAUGAGCAGGACACAGUCUAUGUACAGAUCCCCGAUGAAGAUGCCGUUGGUGUCUUUGCCGCUGAGAACGUCCAUUGCUCUUUCUCUGGGUUCCUCAUUGCUUCAACGUGAUACGUUGAUACAGCAGUUCCCAAAAGCCAACCAACCAAAUUUGCAAUCUAUUUCUCAAAUUUAAGUAAACUCCCUGGUCCCUUUUCCUCAAACCGACAGGCAGUUCACCCUUCUUUGAGGAAUAGAAUCAUCUCGACUUGAAAACUACAAGACAUAGGUGCUUAGAAGAAGGAAAACUAAUUUAUGAACAGGUAUCAGGGAUGGGGGAAGCAAUCCACAAGUAUCCGUUAGCUUUAUUAACAGAAACAGCAUGUGAAAUUGAGGUGUUAGAACUGUGUUGUGUCCUGACUUUUUCUUCUUCCACUCUGUUCCUUUAAUAUUGACUUCAACUGGUGAUUCUUAAUUCAGUGUUUGUCUGUUUUUCUUUUUCUGUUGUUUUUGUAACUGUUAUUUUGGUUGGGUGACCAAUACUCUUAUUCAAAGUACACAAAUACUUUUGGUCCACCAUGUUGUAAGUGUCAUCCUUGUAGGUGACUUGAAUAUUGUGAAAUGGUAAUGGUCAAAUUGACCAUUAUGAUUAAAUCAGUCACCAGAAAAUUGCCAUACCAUCAACAACGAUGUAUCCCUGAACAUGCAUUAUGUCCUGUAAAGCAUAAUGACCAAAAUAAAAGAUGUCUAAAAAAA